GUGUGCUCUAUAAUUUUUGGUUUAGCGAAGCACGUCAUGGUGGUCAUUUAUUUUGUAUUUUAUCAAAUUAUUGUAUUUUCAAUUUGCGUUGGUAACCAUUGAUUCUGGCGCUAUUGCAUUGCGUUAUUCUUUUUACACGAUAAGUAUAUUAGUAGUUAAAAAUGGCCGAGGCGGAAGAAUACAAUCAGCAAAGACCCAUGAAGACUAGCAAGCAACAUAACGUAUUACCGAUCUGGGGUAACGAACAAACUAUGAAUCUGAACCCUUUAAUAUUAGCAAACAUUCAAGGUUCUAGCUACUUCAAAGUGCAUCUGUUCAAGCUGAAGACGUACCACGAGGUGGUGGAUGAGAUCUACUACCAGGUGAAGCACCUGGAGCCGUGGGAGCGCGGCAGUCGCAAGACGGCCGGCCAGACGGGCAUGUGUGGCGGCGUUAGGGGAGUGGGUGCCGGUGGUAUAGUUUCCACAGCGUUCUGCCUCCUGUACAAGCUGUACACACUGCGUCUAACGCGCAAACAGGUCAAUGGCCUGUUGCAGCACACAGACUCGCCUUACAUCAGAGCACUUGGUUUCAUGUACAUCCGGUACACACAGCCACCAGCAGAUCUGUUCGACUGGUACGCAGAUUACCUCGACGAUGAGGAGGAGGUGGACCCUCGUGCAGGAGGUGGAGGGCCCACCACCAUUGGAGCUCUGGUGCGGCAGAUGCUCAUCAAGCUGGACUGGUUCAGCACACUGUUCCCACGGAUACCGGUGCCCAUACAGAAGCAGAUUGAGCAGAGGUUAGGAGAGCACAAUAGGCAAAGCAAUGCGUCGAAGCCAGCCAACUCAAACUACAGAGGGAAUAACAGCAACUACAACCCGGGUCGGAUGGACAACGACCGGCGUGAACACGACGACAGGGACAGACGUGACUAUGGAGAGGGGGACAGAUAUCAGAAAGAGAGGCCAGCAAGACGAGAUGACAGAGACAGGGAGCGUGAUAGGGACAGAGAACGCGAGCGUGAUCGCGAUCGCGAGAGAGACAGACGCGGUGAUCGCGAGGUCAAUCGUGAUCGCCACCGGGAACGAUCACGAUCGAGGGACCGCAACUUCGAUCGUUCCAGAGAUCGCCAUCGCAACAGCUCGCGGUCUAAAGAACGCCGCCAUAGAUAAUAAAUACUACGAGAUUAUUAACGUCAAUGCUUUUGUUUGAGUCAUGACAGUUUAAUUAAAAUUAGUAAUAAUGUUA